AUGAAGAGUCUCAUUCUGUUUGCUGCGCUCCUUGUAGCAAGCUUGGCUACCGUCUUUGCCAUACCUCAUCGUCAGGGGUUGAACCGUUUCUCGUUGGAAGCAACCCGAAAGUCUAGCUCCAAACCGAGUUUUGUUCGAGAAUGGGUGGCAGCCCAUCAGAAAUGGGGAAAGCCAGUCUCACAGGAGACUCUGGCUGCUUUCUCACUCCUCGAUGAUGAUGGCCGUGUGGAUGUCAAGCCCCUUACCAACGAUAACAUGUUCAUCGCUGAUAUCAAAGUCGGCACUCCUCCUCAGACCCUCAAGGUGGCCAUCGAUACUGGAUCUGCAGAUUUUUGGGUCCAAUCUACUGACACGAUCUAUAAAGAGGUCACCGAAGGCCCUUGGGCUCCCCUAUACAGGCCCAACGCAUCCAAAACGGCUCACCGCGUUCGUGGCGCUGAAUGGGAGGUCGAAUACAUUGACGGCACCCAUGCCGAUGGUAUUGUCUACCUUGACACUGUUCGUCUCGGGGGUUUUGAACUUAAGAAUACGCCUAUCCAAUCGGCGCAGAUCAUUGCCGCACGCUUCGAGAGCGAAACCGGAGUCACUGGCAUCAUGGGCCUUGCCAAAACGCUCCCUAGCAACGUGGAACCUCCAACACCCUCUUUGCUCGACAAACUCCGUCCCGUGUUGGACAAGGCGGUCUUCACAGUCGAUUUGCGUCGAAACGCCACGGGCCGUUUUGAUUUCGGCUACGUUGAUGAGAGCAGGGCCAAGGACAAGAUCUCAUGGGUGUCAACGCGAAAUGAUAGUCACCAUUGGGACGUUACCUUCGAUAUGACAGCUUGGACUGGUGCACGCCGAGUUUGGAUGUCGCGCAGUUUCGAAGCUACCAUCGAUACAGGCACAACCCUUAUCUUCUUACCUGCAGAUCUUGCAGGGGCGUACUGGAAUGAUGUGCCAAACAUGCGAAUCAACCCUGAUCUUGGUGAUGCAUUCACUUUUCCUUGCGAGUUCGCCGACGAACUGCCAGAUCUGUUGUUCAAAGUGCCGAAAACGGAGCACGUUCUCAAGAUUCCGGGGAGGUACCUCAGAUACAGCACUGUCGAUGACGAUCCAGAGUAUUGCUGGGGCGGAAUGCAAAGUGCAGACGGCUUGGGUGGUGUGACCAUUAUUGGCGACAUGGCUAUCAAGGCGUGGUAUGUCGCGUUCGACCUUGAGACUAACAAAGUCGGGUUUGCCAACAAGGAGCUCGAUGAUAUCGAUGACUAA